AUGAAACCAAGCGUUCUUGGUACAUGGAACGUCGGCAAGGGACGCAAAUGUCCCUACUCUGGCAAAGACAUGCUCUUUAUGCUGCUCACUGUCGUGAAGUCUGGAGGAACUUGGGAGUUCCUGGCUGCCCUGUUUGGACUUCAAGCUUCAUCAUUUGAAAACAUGGUCACGAGGUUUUUGCUGAAAAUUCACGACCAAGUCUACGAAACUUUUUUUCAAGAUGAAGCCAAGCUGCGUACAAUGAGCAAUCUUGUUGCCACUGGGAAGACGUUCCAAAGCUUUCCUGCUGCAUUGUACCCUGCCGACGCCACAAUCCAGCAGAGCAACAUGCCCAUGGGAAACUAUAAUGAGUCCAUGUACAACCUUUAUGGCAAAAAGGUGGAGGUCUCUGUCAGCUCUGUCCACGACAAAACCCUCUUUUACCAGUGCAAUGGAUUUCACGGGUUGCCUGAGCGACAAGGUCGUUCGAAAGAGACAUUGAAGCAAACGCCAUAG